AUUGAGGGUAACACACAAAACAAAACUUUCAGCCGCAGUGAAAACAAACCGUACGCUGUUCAUUCUGUGUGGAGGGCAGAAGUAAAGAGGUGAAUCAUGUCAGAGCUCAGUGAUGAAGCCAGUGAAUCGGAGCAGCUGGGUGCCAGUCUCUCCCUGUGGCUGGGUGACUCCCUGGUGAGACCUGAGGAGCUGGAUGUCCCUCUGGACCUGCAUACGGCCUGCUCCAUCGGACAGUACGACGUGGUGGCAGAGUGCAUUAAAAAGCGUGAGGUGGACCUGAAUGGCAAAAACAAAGGAGGCUGGACCCCGCUGAUGUACGCCUCUUACAUUGGACAUGACAACAUUGCAAAUCUGCUGCUGGAGGCUGGUGUGAAUGUAAAUGCCACCACUGCCAAAGGGUUAACCCCCCUGAUGCUGGCAGCAAGCUGUGGGAAUGAAAGCAUCGCUUACUUUCUGCUUCAGCAAGGUGCAGAGUUGGAGCUGAAGGACUCUCGAGGUUGGACCGCUCUGUUCCACUGCACAAGCACAGGGCACCAGCAGAUGGUCAAGUUUCUGCUGGAUAACAACGCUAACGCUAAUGUAAAGGAGCCAGGGUCUGGUUUCACUCCUCUGAUGGAGGCUGCUGCUUCUGGACAUGAAAUCAUUGUUCAGUAUCUGCUUGAUCAUAAAGUUAAAGUGGACGACCGCAAUGCCAAAGGAGAGACUGCCCGAGCUCUUGCUAUGCUGUACGGUUACACUAAGAUCGUCAGCCUCAUCGACCUACGUACUCCAAGAAUUAAACCAGCACAUUUUGAAGACCUGAGCUCCUCUGAGGACUCAGACAGCGCACCCCCAAGGAUUCGAAAUCGCAACAGAGCUAAAGGCAUCAGCAUCCAUGACGGGCCCCAGGCUAUCGCCAAGUUCCGAGUUGGAGGCUCCAGCAAACUGUGUGAGCCUCCUACAGUUCCUCCGGGCUAUAUAACAUUUCGUGGUAUUGGUGAACAAAGCGACGGCAUCUGCUACCGCGAUGUGACCUCACCCAUCAAUGAGCUGGACGGCCAGAGCAACAGCAGCAGAGAUGACAGUCCGUUCUUCGACAAUGACAUGCCUACCAUGAGGAGCAGCAGCAGCAGCAGUGAAGGUCAAGUGAUCAGCCUCAACUGGGAAGGCUCGGUGGAGAGUAAUGAGGACUCUGAUCAGUGCAAAAAGAGCAGCUCUCGCAGAGUAAACAAGGGUCAUCACUCUAAAGGCAAAGGACGCCACAUAAGCAAUGAUGCAGCUCACUCUAGUGGUGCAGGGAACUGUGGGAUGCUGUCAACUGUUGGUCCUCCUCCCUCUUACACUGGUCCAAAGGAUUUGGCAGAGUUCCUGGAGCAAAUUGGCUUCUCUAAGUAUCUCCCCUUACUUGAGGAGCAAGACAUUGACCUGCGGAUUUUUCUCACCCUCACUGAAAACGAUCUCAAGGAAAUUGGAAUCACAUUGUUUGGACCAAAGCGUAAGAUGACCUCCGCCAUUGCAAGGUGGCACAGCAGUGCUCGCCCACCCAGCGAUGCUCUGGAGCAGUCAUACGCCGACCAGCUGGAGGCCGAGAUGCAGGAGAUGGCCAUUCAACUACACAAGCGCUGUGAGGAGGCAGAGAGUCUGCAGAGCCAGGUGUCCCAGGAGAGGGAGCUGCGUACAGUGAUGGAGGGAUGUCUGAUGGAGGACAAAAUGGCAUGGAGGAGGGUGCACACCGAGCUGGUGGAGAACCACCGGCUGGCCCAGGACAUGAGUGCCACACUGGCUGAGUCCAGGGUCUGCUGCGCAAAACUGCUCUCAUGUUUCACCUCUGAUGGGAACAGCAGCUCUCAUACCGGCGUGGAUGAUAAAACGAAAGAUGACACUGGUGUUAAAGCUGGGGAUGGUCUGACACGCACAAGUGUAGCAGAGCUGAUAAAGAAGCUGGAUUUCUAUGAAGAAGAACUGGCGGGGAAACUGCAGACAGUGCUGCAGAGUCUGAGGCGACUGAGUGCCCCUGAAAAAGUCUCAGACAGCUGGGAGCGGCCUUAACCUUCACAGAGGCUUUUGCCAGCAUUUGACGGAGGGUGAUCUAACCACCCUGAACAAUCUCACCGAGAAAGGCCAAAGACGAGGCCGGCCCUGCAGAGCCGGAGCAGCUCAGGGAGCAAGUAGUCAGGCGGUGAAAUGCACAGAGAAGAAGGAGUGAGUGAUCCUGGUUUAAAGGAUGUUCUACUGUGAAAGUUGCACUCUUCUUUGAUGAAAUGUGGUUUAAAGUGUGUUCAGACCAACAGCAGAGGAGGUGAAAAGUAGUUCAAGGAUGUUCUGCAUAGCUGUACUUUCUAUGAAUGAAAUCACUGUAUGCUGUUUUUAUGAGUUAGGAAAAAAUGUCCUGCUGAAUGUAUUUAGCAUGAGAGAAAUGUGUGAAAGCAAACAUUUUUACAGCAGUUAUUUCAUACCAGGGACAGUCUUUUCAAUCCAUUGUGCUGAAAUUAUUACAGAGAUUUGCAUUUGUGUUUGCAGAGUUAAUGAAAUGUAUAAAAUCCAGUACUGUUAUUUUAUAUCUGCUAGCUUCAUAAAUUAGAAAAAGAAACAUUGCAUUUCAGUUGUCAUUCAGAGGAUUUACUUUCCAGCUUUGUACAUUUGAUCCAUCAUCCUGAAAUCCUCCCAAAUCUUUCAAACCCAAAAGAGAAAUGGACUGUUUGCUUAUGAAUUAAACUCCUUUAAAUUAGAGGCAGAAACUUAUAAUACUGUUUCAGUUUUCUACUCCUUUUUGUACUGAAAAUGCUCUGCAAACAUGCUUUGUUUUAAAUAUGAAUGUAUCCCAAGCUCUAAAAGCAGCACAAAGAAAGAAUGUUUGCUCUGACUAAUUUAAUCACAGCAUAAAAAAAAUCAAAUUUACAGUACUGUACAGAAGUUUUAGGCAUGUUUAGGCCAAAAUUUGAGGCUUAAGUAAGGCUUGUAAUGGCGAAUACGCCCACCUGAGGGCCCCAUCGGGCGGGAAGGAGGAUUGACACAACCCAGGUCAUGCUCUGGAUGUCUUUGUACAUUACCAAGGGCAUGGGAAAAUAAUCAAAUGAAAACAAAACAAAA